AUGACUCUACAUCAUAUGAUGGACCGGAAUUUAUUUAUCAUUAGCUUUAUGAUUCUUUCGUUUGUCUUCAACUCCUGCACAGCUCACUCAUGGAGGAACAAGAGUUAUGUGGAUGAUAUUGGUCAGCGGUGUGAACCUUCAGACCAUCCGUUUAGCCUGUGCAAGUCAGAAGCAGCAGCUUAUGGCUAUCCAUGUGAAGAUCACACGGUUACAACGGAAGAUGGCUAUAUUCUUAGCUUAAAGAGGAUUCCUUAUAGUAUAUCUGAUGGUGCUAACUCGACCAAUAAUACGAGGCAACCAGUACUGCUAUUCCACGGGCUUAUGGUGGAUAGCGUUUCUUGGCUACUGGGCACGCCAAAGCAAUCACUUGGAUUUAUUUUAGCAGAUGGAGGGUUUGAUGUUUGGUUUGCCAACACCCGUGGAACUAAUUCCAGCCGGAAUCAUACCUCCCUCUCCCCAAAUGAUCCGGCCUACUGGGAUUGGACGUGGGACGAGCUUGCUGCCUAUGAUCUUCCUGCUUUCCUUCAGUAUGUCUAUGAUUACACAGGAGGUCAGAAAGUCCACUAUAUUGGUCACUCCCUGGGAACAUUGAUUAUUCUUGCUGCCUUCUCCGAGCAAAAGUUACUACACUUAGUUAGAUCAGCUGUGUUGCUCUGCCCGAUUGCUUAUCUGAGUAGGACGAAAUCCAAACUCACCCGGCUUGCUGCUCAAAUCCUCCUUGCUGAAGCAUUUCACUUUCUAGGUUAUCGCGAGUUUAAUCCUAUUGGGCCAGUUACUCAUGAAAUUCUACUUCUGAUAUGCGGUGACCCUGAAAUCGACUGCUACGAUCUGUUUUCAGCUGUUGCGGGACCGGACUGCUGCCUCAAUACAUCAACUGUAUGCGCCUUCUGGCAGCAUGCUCCACAGUCUACGUCUAUCAAAAACCUUAUGCAUAUGUCGCAGAUGAUCAGGAGCGAAGGUGUCAGAAGGUUCGACUAUGGCAGCACCAAGGAAAACAUGAAGCAUUACAAUCAGCCACGCCCCCCGCUAUACAACCUCUCAUCCAUUCCAACCCAUGUCCCGAUGUUCCUCACCCAUGGCGGCCAAGACUUCCUCGGCGAUGUCCCUGACACCAGGCACCUCUUGAGGACGCUGGUCAGACGCCAUGACAGCGACAACAUGGAGGUGUUAUACGUGCCUGACUAUGCUCAUGCCGACUUUGUGGUAGGUUUCAAUGCUCCACAGUUGGUGUACAAACCAAUGGUCGACUUCUUUCAACGCCACUGAGUGUUGAUAUGUCAGGUCUCUCUGUGAUAAGCCUUCAGCAGUGCCUUCAUAUCAAUCUAUGCAAUCAAACCUUCAUAU